AACAAGAUGGCGGCGCCCUUCGAAGUGUGCCAUGUCGCCUGCUGCGCCAACCGAGCCGGUCCCGGAGCGGUUUCCUGGGGGAGAGGCGGCCUCGUGGCUUUCGGCUCGUGCCGCUCGGUCGUCCUCUACGACCCGCAGAGAGGAAAAGUAGUUGGCACACUGAAUGGACACACUGGAAGAGUUAAUUGUGUUCAAUGGAUUCGCAGAAAAGAUGGAUCUUAUGAAACUGAAUUAAUUUCUGGAGGGUCUGACAAACUACUUAUUCUUUGGGAAACACAAAAUGAGAAGCUUGUGAACUGCACUCGUCUUGAAGGCCACUCUGAAGCAGUUUGCUCUUUGGAUGCUGUUUACGUGAUGAAUGAGUCUACAGGAGAGUUAAAUAUACUUUUAGCUUCUGCAGCUUCUGACUCUACUGUGAGAAUCUGGUCCAAACAAGAAACAGAAGUUAAAUGUCUUCAGACGCUGCUAUUUGGAAAUGGAUUUGUUAUGGAUGUUUCUUUGUCCUUCUUGCCAGACAGCAACAGUAACAUCAAAAUACAGAUAUUUGUGCCACAUAAGGAUACUGGUUUGUUUCAGUUUCAGAAGACUUUGCUGCUCCAUGGACAUGAAGACUGGAUAAGAGGGAUUGAAUGGGCAGUUUGCGACGGAGAUCUCUUCUUGGCAAGCUGUUCCCAGGAUUGUCUGAUAAGGAUCUGGAAGAUGCAUGCAGCUUCAUUGCUUGUGGAAACCCAAGAUGAGGACACUAUAAGGUUGAAGGAGAACAUUUUCACCGUGAAAAAUGACAAUGGUUCAGAUGCAUCUUUUGCUGUUACGCUGGACUCUGUGUUAGCUGGACAUGAAAACUGGGUAUAUGCUGUUCACUGGCAGCCUUCCUUUCCCAAAGAUGGCAGGAUGGAACAGCCAAUGAAGUUGUUGUCUGCUUCAAUGGACAAAACUGUGAUCCUCUGGGCUCCAGAUGAUGAAUCUGGGGUGUGGUUGGAACAGGUCCGAGUAGGAGAAGUGGGUGGAAAUACUCUGGGUUUUUUUGACUGUCACUUCAGCCCAGAUGGCUCAAUGAUUCUUGCUCACGCUUUCCACGGAGCGCUGCAUCUUUGGAAACAGACUUCAGCAAACAAGAGAGAAUGGGCUCCAGAAGUGGUGAUUUCAGGGCAUUUCGAUGCUGUGCAAGAUGUGGCGUGGGAUCCAGAAGGAGAAUUCAUCAUCUCUGUUGGUUCUGAUCAAACUACAAGAAUAUUUGCUCCAUGGAAAAGGGAGAACAAAACAGAGGCAUCAUGGCAUGAAAUAGCAAGACCCCAGGUCCAUGGAUAUGACAUGCAGUGUUUAGCGAUGACCGGCCGAUUCCAGUUUGUGUCUGGAGCAGAUGAGAAGGUGCUUCGAGUAUUUACUGCACCCAGGAAUUUUAUGGAGAACUUCAGCAGCAUUUCUGGUAUAUCUCUGGAGGAGCUAAAUAGUGGACAAAUGAUUGAUCUUCCAGAAGGAGCAACUGUGCCAGCCUUGGGAUUGUCCAAUAAGGCUGUCUUUCAAGCUGAAGAUACUGCAGCCCAGACAACUGAAGAAGAAGAAAAACUUAGUAAUGCUUCCAGUCAGUAUCAUGAAAAUUACUUUCAGCCAUGUAGUCUUACAGAACCUCCCACGGAAGAUCAUCUCUUGCAGAACACGUUAUGGCCUGAAACACAAAAGUUGUAUGGACACGGCUAUGAAAUUUUUUGUGUUGCCUGCAAUAAUGCGAAAACUGUGAUUGCCUCGGCAUGUAAGGCUUCUAAAAAAGAACAUGCAGCCAUUAUUUUGUGGAGCACCGCAACUUGGAAGCAGAUACAGUGCUUACCUUUCCACAACCUGACAGUGACACAGAUUUCCUUCUCCCCCAACGAUAAAUUCUUGUUAGCAGUUUCAAGAGACAGGCGGUGGUCACUUUGGAAGUGUAGUGACAUCACUUCAAUGCAACCAGAUCCAGCUUUCAGCCUUUUUGCUUACACAGAUCAAAGCACAGCUGUGCACACUCGCAUCAUUUGGUCCUGCGACUGGACCCCUGAUAGCAAGUAUUUCAUUACUGGAAGCAGAGACAAAAAGGUUGUUAUUUGGGAUGAAUGUUGUUCAGCAGAGGAGAAUAAAGAAAACGACCCUGGUGAGAUCCAGCCUUGUUCGCCAGUCCUGGAUGUUGGGGACUCUGUCACGGCCCUUAGUGCUAGUCAUCUGCUAGCUCCUGAUGGGAGCUAUAUCGUUGCAAUAGGCACAGAAUGUGGGAAGAUUCAUUUGUAUAAAUGGAAACCAAGCAACAAGAGGCUGCCACUUUCGGACUGGACCAAGUGUUUUGAAACGGACAACAGCCAAAGCCACACUCUUGUUGUCAAGCAGCUGUGUUGGAGAAAGUGCGUGGGCCGAGCUGGGCAAGGGACAGCCGAGAGCAGCAAGUGGCUGCAGCUGGCGAGCUGCGGGGCUGACUAUUCUGUCAAGAUACUCAGCAUUAACAGAGACAGUCUUUAAGCAAUUUACUUUCGACCACACUUCGUGAAAUAUGUGAAUAGUAUCUGUUUUCUGAACUUUUUUUUUAAAGCACUUCUUUUUAUGAAAACUAUGGCAAAUGCUACACGUCUACCUGGAGCUUAAUUAUUAAAGCGGUUUGUAUAAAAACAUGUGUCUACUAUUGGCCUUCCCUCACGAAAAGGUUAUUCUCCACGAGUGUAUUGCUGUCCUUCGCUAGCGUUUUCCUUGAGAUAACCAUCUCCCUAGAGCAGAAGUGGCUGGGGCAGAACGGACUCACUUCUUUACCUCCUUGGAAAUUACAUUCCUGUUUAAAGUUGCCUAUCCCCCCCCCCCUCGUGUUCAACAUCAUUUUCGUUCAUGGUUCUAGCCUGGGCCUCAACAAAGUUUUGUCUCUUAAAUGUGCCUGAGCCUUAACCAAUGCAGGGUUUUUGUUUUGGUCGGGGUGGAGAAUGUCAGGCUCAGGGGCUGCAUUUUGCCUUCUGCACCUCACGAUUUGGCUCUUAGUACUUUCCCUAGGCCCUUCCCAGCCACAUCCCCUGCUUGUCCCGCUCUGCACUUUCCUUGGUUGUUUUUGCCUAGCUGGAGUGUGUCUCUGAUAAUGCCUCUUGUUUCCUUAGGUUAAAGAUAGAAAGAGGGGUGUGAGAAUGCCUGUCAACUAGACUAUUGCACAAAGGUAAAAUUCACAUUAAUUGCUCUGUCCACUUCACAGCCCUUCUCCCUGCCCUCCACUGGCAUGCAGCCCCCAGAAUCUUGCCCAGAAUGGAAUGUGGCCCUCUGAGUGAAAAAGGUUCUGUGCCCCUGAUUUAGAUGACCUUUUGAAAUUCUUUGUAACUUUUCGUCUCUGUUACGUAUAAUGUGUGUUAAACGCGGCGGCUUGAGAUCAGAUUUAUUGUGCCAUGGAACUUGUGUGAUUCCAGUUCCAUUAGAUUUAGUUUUUUCUGAGAGUAUAGUACAGUGGUACCUCUGCUUACGAACUUAAUUCGCUUUGGAGGUCCGUUCUUAACCUGAGGCACCACUUUAGCUAAUGGGGUCUCCCACUGCUGCCACGUGAUUUCUGUUCUCAUCCUGUGGUAAAGUUCUUAACCCAAGGUACUACUUCCGGGUUAGUGGAGUCUGUAACCCAAAGUGUUUGUAACCCGAGGUACCACUGUAUUCACUAUUUUGCAAUAUUUGUCUGAUUCUUUGUUAAAAGUGGGUAACUUUUUCAACUAUUGAAAGUCUUUGCGUGGUGCUGCACAGUCGUGUGAGGAAAAUGAAUAGGACUAGUGUGCUCGGUCCCAGCUCCUGCCCACCUAGCAGUUCGAAAGCACGUCAAGUGCAAGUAGAUAAAUAGGGACCGCUCCGGCUGAAAGGUAAACAGCGUUUCUGUGUGCUGCUCUGGUUCGCCAGAAGCAGCUUAGUCAUGCUGGCCACAUGACCCGGAAGCUGCCUGCAGAGAAACGCCAGCUCCCUCAGCCUAUAGAGCAAUAUGAGAACCGCAACCCCAGAGUUGUCCGCAACUGGACCUAACGGUCAGGGGUCCCUUUACCUUUAUUUUCAACUCCUAAAGGAUAGUGCUCAGAUGCAGGAUCACCUUAUGUAGACCACCUUAAGCUCCAUCAUGGAAGCAAAGUGCAGCUUACCUAUGAUAAAAUAAAUUAAGGUAUUCGCCUUUUUGUUGACUCUUGCCUGUGUGGUGCUGAAAUCAGAGAGGGAAAGGUUUUAGUUGUCUUUCCAUAAAUAGCCUGUGCUGGGACACAUUUUCUCUAAAUUACACUCAGCCAACUAAAAAACUCUCAGACUAAUUGUUAAAACUAGUGCAAUCUUCUUUUCCCCCAGGAAAGUGAGCCCAGUCAUUUGAGAAACCCUUCUUAUAAGUGGAUCAAAUGUCAAGCUUGCAGCAGUGGCAUAGCAAUUGUAGCAGAGAAUAUCUCAUUCUGUCCUUUAUGCUUAAGCAAACCUUAAAGCCUCUUUGGGGAGCUUCUUAUGCAUUGCUGAAAAUUUAACCGAGUCCAACACAUCUCCUUAACAAAGUCGUUCCUAUAUUGCUUCUGUAAAAAGAAAUUGACAUUUUUUUUAAAAAAAUUGAAACCUCAGCAACAGAGCAAUUCACUCCUGUGUAUCUUAAGUUAAAGUAGAGAGCUCAGAAGUAAACCACCACCAGCUUGCCUCUGCCUGAGACCCUGAAGAAUUUCUGCCAGUCAGAUUUAAACAGCACCAGGCUUGAUAAUUUAAUGGGUCUGACACCGUGUCAAUAAUCAUAUGUUUAUAAAGCAAAACGGCACAGAAAAAGCAUAAAUAUGAGGCCAUCCAUCCUUAGGAAGCUGGGGCAAUUCAUGGUUCUGAGGCCACAGUGUAAAUGAACCAGGAUCCUUCGAGACCUUUGCAUCUUGUUAGGAAUAGUCUGCCAAGGUUAGAGGUGGAAGCAAUUUUAAUACUUGUUAAGUUUUUCCAGUAAAGUACACCCAGUCACCAGGAUAUGUGGCCAAGCAAGUGGUUAUUUUGAAGCCUGUGCUGACAGGUAUCGUAAGGCAUUGAAGGAGGGUGAAGUGAGAAGUGCUUGGAUUCCUAUCUCUGGAUAAAAUCAGAAGCGAGCACCAAAGACUUGGAGAAGAAUGGCCAGUCCUCCUUUGCAAGUUGGGCAAGAGUCAAUUCAGUGUAUGGAACGGCACUUCAGGCCAAGAAAAUGGGUGAGUAGCUUCAUGUGUCCUGGCACAUGAGCAUUUUUAGUGUUACAUAUAUAAUUUAAGCUUACAAUUUUUUUAACGGGUUGGCUUGACUUCAUCAAGAAAUCAGUGCUCACUUUAGUCUCGCUCCCUCUUGAAAAUAUUUUCUGUUGUCCCAGCAAAAAUUGAGCCUGCCCUUCCCCCAGACGAUAACAACCUUUGUAUUUGUAGGAGUUGCUACAUUCUUCCUCUGGAAAUAAUUCCUAAGCAUGAAUAAUAGUUAUGGCCACCAAUGUAGACCCCUUCAAAAUUAACGGAGGGUAAUGCUUUCUGUGUCUUGUUAUCCUACAUCCAAGAUCAGAGGGAGCAUGCCCUUAAUUGCUGAAAAAUGGCAGCUGGAAAGGGCUAUUGCUCAUGGGCAUUUGGCUAGUCACUUUGGGAAACAGGAUAUCGGACUAGGUAAGCCUUAGGUUUGAUCCAGCAGGGCACUUCUGAUGUCUUACCGGUUUCAAAAGCAAUGGCCUGGUAGCUGAAGCCAGAGUUUCUCAUGGGAAGUAGCCACUUUAAAAAAACAAAAACAUGCCUGUAAAGGAACAGUGAAAAUCCAUUUGUGACUGGGAAGGAGUGCUAAAGAAACAUGCAGGGAGUUGUUUUGAAAGCAGCAUUGAUUUUUUUAAAACCUCCACUGAGGUCAUGACUAAUGUCUGAAAAACCAGGUUGAAGUUAAAAUGCAACUUCGUUAUCAUCUCACAUUAGGAAAACAACUGGGAACCUGAGCUUAUUUUUUAAAUCAGUGUGUGCUGUCUGCUCUAAGUCCCAUUGAGUUCAAGGGGGCUUAUUUCCAGGUAACUAGGUAUUGGAUUGCAGCCCAAGAAAUGGGACGCUGUGUUAUUGGACAAUUUAUAGGGAGCUAUCGUCCAUUUUGCAGAGUAAUUCCCAUUGUUGACUGUUAUGAAAGGCAUAAUUAACAUGUCUCAAAAUUUAAGACAUUUUCUAACUUUGAUAUGGGAGAACCGAGAAUAUCCAUGUCUUGCCCCACAUGUCUUGCAAUGUGGUUAUGACAACUCCCAUUGAGUUGUUUGCAGGGAUCACUGCUGCCAACUUUGCAAGCAGAUCUCUGAUAACUCUAUUGCUGUUUGGGAGCAUCAGUGUCAUCUACCUUCAGCUUGGGCAAUGCUUCAAAUAAUUUAACCUAGUGCAUCUCAGUUCCUACAUAUAUGGAGAGCAAUAUCUUUGCCAUAGUCCUUUCUUCCCUCAUGGAAGUGUAAGCCUAUUCAAUAAAGUAGAUGGGGACAAAUCUGAGCAAGCAAUUUGCAUUGCAAUGCAAAAUACUUAUUAAUAACAGUAACCUUUCAUUAAUAUUGGUUUGCUGCAGUUUGUCCCAUAAACAUUGCUGUAAAAUCAUCAAAGGCAAUACACAGCUUAUUUAGAUCCCAUGUUGUAUCUAUUGGCCUAAAAUGAAGUUGUGGUCCAUAGUACCUCUUCCCUUAUGGAAAACAGCAUCAUAAAAGUGGCUGAUGCUGAUCGAUUUAACACAGACAUCCCCAAACGGCGGCCCUCCAGAUGUUUUGGCCUACAACUCCCAUGAUCUCUAGCUAACAGGACCAGUGGUUGGGGAAGAUGGGAAUUGUAGUCCAAAACAUCUGGAGGGCCGAAGUUUGGGGAUGCCUGAUUUAACAAAUGUAGACAAAUUAUAGGUUUUUAAUGGAUCAGCCUAUAUACUAAAGGGCCUCGAUUUCUUUGGGGUGGUCCCUUUUUCCCUUUCUGUGCAGUGGAAUUUAUAACCCAAGAUGUCCCUCUACUUGACAGGGAGCUUUAGAAUUGCUACAAGUCACACAUAGCACGGGCUUAUAUGCACUACUUUUAAAAAACAAAAACCCUGCUCAGAAAUGCGUACAAUUUGCCAUGUAAUAUACUUGUACCCACUUCGAAACAAGAAGAUUCUAAAAAUAAUACAUUUAAAUACACAAAGGCCCCUAUCUUUCUGUGCAGGUCCCCUCACCAGACUCUUGAGAUCAGAACCAUGGCGGCAUAUGGGAGAGUCACUUCCACACUGCAUCCAACCAGUCUCACCCUGGGAAUGGUAAGGACCUCAUGGUGCAUGAUAUCAUCCUAAAAAGUAGCUUCUAGGCUAGGGAACAUGUAGCUCUCCAGAUAGUGCUGGACUCCAGCUUCCAUCAGCCCUGCAGCUAACAUGGCCACUGGCAAGGGAUGAUGGGAAUUGUAGUCCAGUGAACAGCCAUAGGGUCACAGCUUCCCUACACAUACGUAGGCAGUUAUGGGGAAGAAGAAGAGAAUGUCUGUCUGCUCCAUUGACUGAAUGCUCUGCAGGACUUUUCUCUGUGCUGCAGUAUGUAGAUGAUGGUGCAACAACUUUUCUCUCUCCUUGUUGCUCGUGAGUGGUCUAGGACAGAGUCUACUGGAAGACAGGGUCUUUUCUUAGACUAAACAAUAUUGGCCAGGGCUCUGGACUAGGAGGCAUCUCCUAUUUUUCUCUAGCUAGGCCUUUGCCUGCAAUACAGAAAGAGAUCAAUUGCUACCUAUCUCACCAAAUGGGGCCUGAGUGAGCUUUUUUCCGUCCUAGCAAUGAGUUUUGUACCUGCAAUUUUACAAGGGUUAUCCGUAAGAAAGAGAACCAACCACUAAGUAGUAAUUAGGUUUUCUCUAUUUUAUUAAUAAAACAGAUUUUUGCAACAAUUUAUUAAAAAUUGGUUUUCAUGCAGUAUAAGGGGUAUACAAGAAAUUCUCCAUGUAUUCUCUUUUUUUAAAAUAAUUUUUGACAGUUCCAGUCUAGAUUAAAGCAUUUUGUGCACUAUCAUUGUUGGAAAAUGCCAUUGGGGCAUAGCUCGUCAUAAAUUUUUACAGUACAUUUUUGCUGCAGUAUAAAAAAACAGAAACAUUAAAUAGCUAUAGUCACUUUUGUGGGCCUUAUUUUCUGCAGGAAAUUUAAAAAAAAAUGUUGUGGGAGAAACUACAGUUGCAUUGGAGACAAAGAAUGUACUGCAUGAUUUAAACCUAAGAAACAGCACACGGUCAGUAUUCACAAAGAGUUACAGACACACACUCACCGCCAACAGUCCAAUACUUUUUGGAAUUUUUUUAUUUGUUUCCUGCUAUGUUGGAAUAAUAUUUUCUACAGAAAUGUUUUGUGUAUACAUUAUAUACAGUAUUAUUGUUCUUUUUUGAAAAGUAAUAUUUAUUUGUAUUAAAUAAAGUCCUGAUGAAGUUUAUUAAUAAAUUAAGAGAAUACUGGCAACACACAUACAUACACGCUCACACACUCACACCAGACGACACCUUCAGUGGUUAGUGCUCAAACAGAGUGAUGUGUUCUACUCCCUGUGCGGUAGACUUACUCACUGUUGUCCUAACCCUUCCAGGUGCCUCCAUGACCUCUCAGCGAUAUGUGUGCAGGGAGAGAUUCUGUGAUGCCCCCAGUGGAUUAAGCGUCAUGUGUUUCAAAGGUAAUAUAAUCAGGAAGGAGGGAGCAGGGGCAUCUGAAGUGACUCGGUUGAUAUUAUCUCCUCUCUCAUGCAGAUACUAAAACGCUAUCCUGGGAACACUGGUGGGAAAAAGAUUCAUUCCUAUGGCAUGAGAGAAGACAGUGCAGUAACAAAAGGACACACACACCCUUCCCUCUCCACACUGCCCUAUUGUGCUAGCUUAAUUAAUACAAGAUUUAGAAAUGGCAGCUGGCCAGUAUCACCAAUGUUGCAUGCCAAAUUGCCAUCCAAUUUGAGUGGCCAAGGCUGGAGACAGCCAACACGGUUGGAAAAAAGUGAAGAUGGCAGUACAGUGGUACCUCGCAAGACGAAGUUUUUCAGUGGGGUUUUGUUUGUUUUUGUCAUGGCAAACCGCGCUUCACAAGACGAAAUUAUCGCAAGAUGAAGCAACUCGCGGAACGAAUUACUUUUGUCUUGCGAGGCACCACUGUAAUUACAUCUCAUCAUGCCGUUAUCUCUGGGCACACAGGUGUUGCAGUGUUUCGAAGCAGUACCCCCACC